AUGUUGAACACAACCACCCAGUCGGAAGACCCACUGCAUACGACACUCAAGAGUGUCCCAUUGAUGAAAUCUGUUCGAUUCCACGGACCGGGAGAUAUCCGCGUGGACGAAGUUGAAGAGCCAUUAUGCGGUAAAGGUCAAAUCAAGAUGAGGCCAGCCUACGUUGGAAUUUGCGGAAGUGCAAGAGAUCUACACGAAUAUACUGGCGGCCCAGUCUUAAUACCAAAAACACCCCAUUGCAUCACGGGCUCGACAUAUCCCUGCUCGAUGGGCCAUGAAUUCGGCGGCAUCAUCGAAGAAGUAGGGGACGGCGUAACACACCUCUCUCCAGGCCAGCGUGCUGUCGUGCGUCCCACCAUCUUCGACGGAACAUGUUGUGCCUGCAAGCAAGGUCACAACCACUGCUGCGAGAACAUUGGAUUCGUCGGAUUAAGCGGCUAUGGCGGCGGCAUGUCCAAGAAGAUUGUCGCACCAGCCGGCCACUUCUACCCCAUCCCCGACACCAUCUCCCUCGAAGCAGCCGCCCUGAUUGAACCACUAGCUGUCGCCUGGCACGCCGUGAACCUGUCACCCUUUAAGCCCGGCGAUAAUGUCCUAGUCGUCGGAGGCGGGCCUAUCGGGAUCGGCGUCGUGCAGGUCCUCAAGCUGCAAGGGGCUCGAGACAUCAUGGUGGCUGAAUUGAUGGAAAACCGUCAACGCUUCUGCAGGGACUACGGCGCCUCACAUAUUUUAGACCCGCGCGAGGGUGAUGUCGCGCAGCGCGUGCGCGAGAUCACGGGUGGCGUCGGUGCAGAUGUUAUUUUCGACGCCGCGGGCGUGGAGAAGGCACUUGUCGGUGCUAUACCUGCCUGUCGUGUGCAGGGUACCAUUGUUAAUAUUGCUGUUUGGGAGAAACCGCCCUCUAUCCCCGUGAAUCAGUUGAUGUACAACGAGAUUCGGUAUAUGGGAGCAGCGCUCUAUGACGAAACGUCAUUUUUGGAUACGAUCCGCGCGGUGAACUAUGGCCAACUUAAACCGGAAGGCAUGAUUACCUCGCGCAUCACCGUGGAUGAAGUGGUAGAGAAAGGAUUCAAGGCACUGCUGGAGCAUAGAGACGAGCACUGUAAGAUACUGGUGGACGUGCAGGCUUAG